AGUGGCCUCAACUCUCAAUUUUGGGCGUCGCCCUUUUGUAGCAGAUGCGCAGUUUAUGACUUUUUGAGUAGUGAUGGGCAAGAACUUUGAAACAAGUACUUGAAACAACGACGCCGGCGCUUUGGCGCUUUAGCUUCCCGGCUUAAAAAUAUUUAUGGUGGAGCAGUGAUAUGUGUUGACCGGCAUAAAUAUGGAAGUUGAAGCAAAUCUUGAGGCUUUUUUGGAAGAGAGUGAAAUCGUUUUAAUACCGGUCGAAGUCAGAAAUAAGUUGUCACAGUCUUUUGAUACGUUUAACACUUCAGUGAAGUCCCUGAAGAGAGAAUAUGACGAUUUCAAAGUGCUUAAAGAGCAGGAUGAGUUUGAGCUGGGCCAGCAGCUGCAGGAGGCCCAGCAGGAGCUGCAGAAGCAGUCCAGCCAGCUGGAGGAGCAGCAGCAGUCUGCUGCCAAACUGGAGGAGCAGCUGACCACAAUCACUGCGGACUACAGGAAGGCAGAUGCUGACCUCACCAGGGCACUGGCCGCUGAGCUGGCCGCCUGUCGGGAGCGCGACCAGGUGCUCUCGGACAAGGCGAGUCUGGUGCAGCAGCUGGAGCGGCGCGCUGCCGAGGUGGCCCGGCUGACGGCCGAGCUGGCCGACCGCGGCGCCGAACUGGCCGCGGCCAACGCGGCCAAGUGUCAGGCGCUGGUUCAGGUGGAGGAGAUAGCUGCAAAGGAGAUCAGCAUACAGUACAGGGAGAAGAGGAUGGCCAGCGAGAAGGAGCUGCUGGAGAAGCAGAUGUCGCUGCUGCGGGAGAGCCUGGAGUCGCGUACCGAGGAGCUCUCCACGCUGCGCCGCCAGAACAGCUCGCAGAUCAUCCAGCUGCAGGCCGACCUCGCCAGCAAGAUUGACCAGCUGGAGACGGAGCAGGCCGAAAAGGAGCGACUGGCGCAGCAGGCGGCCGACCUGGAGCAGCGGCUCACUGAGCUGGCGGAGAGGCUCCGUCUGCAGCGAGAGGCCGAGAUCGAACAGGAGGAGAACUACCGGCAGCAGCUGCGAUCACAGGAACGGCUGGCGCAGCUCUACAAAGAGGGCGCCGAGGAGGCGGAGGCCAAGUCGAGCGAGAUGCUGCGCUUGGUGGACGAGCUGCGGUCGCUGCUGAGCUCGGCCAGCGAGCAGCAGAGCCAGCUGGAGGCGCAGCUGGACGAGACGCGCGCCCAGCACGGUCAGCAGCUGGUUGAGAGGGACGAGGUGAUCCGCCAGCUGCGCACCCAGCUGGAAACGUGCGAGGAGCAGCUGCAGGCCAUCACACGCAGAGGUAACCUGACGGACGAGGCGGUGGAAGCCAUGUCGCCGUCCGCCGCCGCCGUCAGCCGCCUCCUGCGGCAGGGCAUGACGCUCACUCAGAUAUUCACCGAGUUCUGUGAGGCCAAGGAGCAGCUGACGGCCGCACAGGCCGAGAGCAAACAGCUCAAACUGUGCCUCGACCAGAUCCUGAAGGAUAUCGAGGAGCGCACGCCGGCCAUCCAGAGACAGCGCGAGGAUUACGAGGUGGCGGCGGUGCAGACUAUCGACGCCCUCACUGACAGCAACGACGAGGCGCUACGGGAGCUGGAGACGGCGCGCGCCGAGUCUGACGACGCCCGACGGCAGCUGCGCACCGUUCAGCACGAGCGGGACCGGCUGGCCGCCCAGACGGCCGACCUGGCCACGCAGGUGCGGGUGCUGCUGAAGGAGGUGGAGGAGGCUCGCGGCGGGUUCGUCACCACACCACGGGACGAGCUCGAGCUGGACACAUCAUCCGCCGGACGGCUGAUCGCGCAGCGUCUGGUCACCUUCCGUGACUUGGAGGAGCUGCAGGCGCGCAACCAGGAGCUGCUGGCUGUGGUGCGCGAGCUGAGCAUCCAGCAGGAGGAGGCUGACGGUGCCGACGUGACCCGCUCCGAGUCGCACGUGCGCCUGCAGGCGGAGCUGAGCGCCGCUCAGGAGGAGCUCGAGGAGCUGCGGGUGGCGCGUCUCCGUCAGGAGAGUAUGGUGGAGAGCAUCGUCAGGCAGAGGGACAUGUAUCGGUCGCUGCUGCAUCAGCAGACACAGUCACAGGAGCUCGCCGACCAGUCUGUCACCGGCAAGUCACCUGUGGCGGCCAGCCCGGCCAAGAGUCCGGCAGCCAAGUCCUCCCCCGUGGCCGCCCUGCCGUCAGCAGAAGACGCCGCCCGGGUGGAGAUGCUACAGAAGCAGUUACAGGAACUGCGCGAGGAGUACGACUUCUACAAGAAGGAGCAGGCCGAGAACGUCAAAAUGCUGACCGAGCAGACACAGAAGCUGACGGACCAGCUGACCGAGCACAGGGUACAGAACACGAAGCUCGUGUCGCGUCUCGAGUACAACGACGAGCGUUUCGCGAUCGCUCAGAGUAACAGCGACCAGUACAAGCGACAGGCGGCGGCGCUCGAGGACAAGUAUAAGAAGGCCGCCGUCACCGUGGCCAAGUACGAGGAAACGAUCGCUACACUGCGAGAGAGUGUCAGCUCAGCCCAGGAGCGUCUCUCCCGAGCAGAGGUGCGCUGCGAACACCUCCAGCAGGAGCGCACCAUGCUCAGAGAGUCCGAGGCGCGGCUGCUCGCUGAACGAGAGGCGGCGCAGCGCGAGCGAACUCAGACCUCGCUGCUGCUCUCGAACAUGGAGGCGAUCAAGAAUAACCUGGAGCGGGCGCAGACCAGCGCGGCGGCCCAACUGGAGAACCAGAACGACACCUUGAAGCGCGAGGUGGCGGCGCUGACCCGUAAGCUGGAGACGGACGCCGAUACGCACAAUAAGGCCAUCAAACUGUGGGAGGCCGAGGUGGCUAAGCUCAGACACAAACUCGAGGAGGAGGCCGUGGUGGUGCGGAAGGCGCGCGAGGCGGAGGUGGCCGCCGAGGCGCGUGUCCAGCAGCUCAAACAGCAGCUGACUGAGGCACAGACGACGGCAGCGGCUGCGCCGCCGCCGGCCGCCGCUGCCUCCUCACCUGCAGCUCCCUCCGCCGAGCUGCGCGAGACGCGCCUGCAGCUGCAGCAGGCGCGGGCGCAGCUGGAAACAGCCAAGCAGCAGGCGGAGGCGGCGCAGCAGCGCGCGCAGCAGCGCGGACUGACGGAGGCGGCCGAACAGCGGCUCAUGGAGUCGCAGCGCACCGUACAGGAGUGCCAGACCACCAUGGAGACGCGGCUGCAGGAGAGCCAGGCGAUGCUCUCUGAGCUGCAGCAGGUGGUGGAGACCCUCUCCGCCGAGAAGCAGCAGCUGGAGACGCAGCUGGCCGCCACCGCUGAGGUCAAGGCCGGUAGCACCCGGUUGAAGGCCAACCUGGAGAAGACGCGUCAGGAGCUGCAGGAGCUGACGACACGUCUGGAGACAGCCCAGAGCCUGGAGAAGGAGGCGCGCGAGAACGCCCAGAAGGAGGCAGCCACGCGCGCCGAGGCGCAGGACAAGUACCAGCACGAGGUGAUCCUGCACGCGGCUGAUCUGGAGGCGCUCAAACAGGCGCGCGCCCAGCUGGACGAGACGACCGCUAAGCUGGCGGCGGCGGAGGACGAGCGCCGCGCCGCCGUCGCCCGCCUGGCCGAGGCGGAGGCCGGCUGGAAGGAGCGCCAGGCGCUGCUCGAUCAGCAGGCCACCCAGCAGCGGCAGCAGCACGACGAGCUGCUGCAGCAGAACAGCCUGCUGCACGACCAGCUGGAGCAGCUCAACUCCCAGCUGACUGCCGUGCAGGCGCGGCUGGCGCCCGCCGAGCCGGACGCAAACACCACCGGCGGCUCCCUCAACACCUCCUUCUCCGAGGCGGACGCGCGCACCUCGGAACAGCUGCUCGAGAUCAUCCGCUACCUGCGCCGUCAGCGCGAGAUCGCCGAGACGCGCGCGGAGACUGCCGGGGCGGACGCGCGGCUGCGCGCGCAGCUGCAGCUCACCAAACAGCAGCUGGAGGCCAGUCAGACGCGGCUCGACCAGGAGCGACAGAGCUCGCAGGCCUCGGUGGAGUCCUCGGCGCGACUGGCAGAGCUUCUCAGGAAGGUGGAGACGCUCAACGCGCUCACUGAUAGUAACCGGGUGCUGCGGGUCGAGCGGGACGACCUCUCGCGGCGCUGUCAGGAACUGCAAGUGCAGCUGGACACCACCAGGGUCGAGAUCGAGCCGCUGCAGGAGAAGAACCGCGAUCAGCAGUGCCGGAUUGACGUCCUGGACAGCGAGUGUACGACGCUGAGGGGCGAGGUGGCCCGUUGGCGGCAGCGGACCGCCCAGCUCACCGAGAGGGCCAACAAGGCCAACCCCGAGGAAAUGAAGAAGCUACAACAGGACAAGGAGGCGCUGACGAAGCGUACCGAGGAGCAGCAGCAGCUGGGGGAGAGCCGCGUCCGGCAGUCGUCCCAGGCGGUCACCGAGCAGCGCGCGCAGCUGACAGAGCGGCUGCGCCAGCUGACCAGCGAGCUGUCGCAGCUCAAACAGGAGACCGAGAAACACAAACAGGAGGCCGAGCGCAACAAACAGAUGGUGACGCAGCUGCAGGCUCAGCUGAAGACAUCGCAGCAGCAGAUGACGGCCGCGCAGCAGGCGACCUCGGGAGCGCAGCAGCAGCUGCAGCAGGUGCAGCAGCAGCUCCAGCAGGCGCAGCAGCAGGCCGAGCAGCAGGCUGAACAGCUGAAGGGUGACGUGGAGAAGGCUAAUGCGGAGACUGCCAAACGGGACGCCCAGCUGAACGAGAUGCGGACCAGCAUGGUGCAGGUGAAGAAGAUCGGCCGCCGGUACAAGUCCCAGUUCGAGGAGCUGCAGACGGAGCACACCAAGCUGAAGGAGGAGCUGGCGGCCGCCCAGACGGCCGCCGCCGCCGCGCCGGCCGCCGACGCUGCGCGCACCUCCCAGCAGGCCGCCGAGCUGGAGACGGCGCGCGAGAGUCUGACGUCGACCCAGGCCGACCUGACGGCGGCGCGCACUGAGCUGGAACAGGUGCGCGCCACGUCCCGCCAGCACGAGGAGAAGACCCGCACCCUGCUGCAGAAGUUCCGCCAGAAGGUCUCCCAGCUGACACAGGAGAACAAGGACCUGCGGGAGAGAGCCGACAAUGAGGGCGCGUCUUCAGCGGCCCAGGACGAGGCAGAGAUGCGGGUGGCCGCUUUAAAGUCUCAGUACGACAACAAACAGCAGCAGCUCGAGCGGGAGUUAUCCGAGGCCAAGAAACGGCUGCAGGCGCUCGAGAAACAAAUGACCGUCAAACAGCAGCAGGCCAAGCCGGCGGCGGCCCCCGACUGUGCCGGUGACCAGUCGGGCCGCACGCCGACCGCCAACAUCCGUCCGAUGGCCGGCGGCGGGGGCGCGGGCGGGGCCGCGCAGCUGCCGGCGCCCCACCCGGGCCCGGCCACGCCCAGUCGCACCACGCCCACCGCCAGCAUCCGACCAAUGGCCGUGCAGCCGGCCAAAACGACGGCCACCGUGCCGCCCAGCGUCACCGGCAGCGUGACCAGCGAGCCGGUCGCCUCCACCUCCACUGUGACUGUGGCCACGGUGGCUCCGACCCCGGCCCAGGUCACCGAGACACUGCCCCAGGCCACCGUCACCCCCCGCAGUCAGACGGCGCCGGCCGAGACAUCGCCACGCGUCCCGCCCGUCUCUGCCGCCCCCACUGCGACCGCUGCGGUCACUGCCACAGCUGCGGCCCCGGCGGCCGCCGCGGCGCCGGUCCAGUCCCAGCCGGCGGCUGGCGCGCCGCCGGAGAGCCCGGCACAGCAGCAGCAGGAGCCGAGCCAGCCUGCCCAGCCGCCCCAGCAGUCCCAGCAGCCACAGCAGUCCCAGCAGCCGCAGCAGCCUCCGCAGGCGGGGAAGCGGGCGUUUGCCGUGGUGGCGGGCACCAGUGCGGCGUCGGGCUCUGGCUCAGCCCCCGGAGAGGCAGCCGUGCAGGCGGUGAAACGGCCUCGCACAGAGGAGUCGACUGCGUCUGAGAGUGGCUCUGGGACGGACAGCCAGCCGCCGACAGCCGCGGCCCCCGCUCCUGCUGGGGAGACUGUCGCCGCCCCCGCCCCCGCCCCCGCUGCCGCCGCACCGGCCGCCAAUGUCGCCCCUGCCGCCCCGGCCGCCACCGCGGCUCCGUCGGGGGCAGAUUCUCCGAUCAUCGUACUUUUAUCGGAUGACGAGAAGCAGGAGGAAGACGACGCUGAGGAGCCGGAGAUAGAGGAAGAGGCGGAGGAAGAAGAGGAGGAGAUGGCGGGCGACGAGGAGGCGGAAGAGGAGGAGGAGGACGAUUACGAGGAGGAUGCGGAGGACGAGCCGGCUGCCGAGACAGAACUCAACGAUGAUGAUGACACGGUCGAGUACGUGCCGCGCGGCGAGGAGGCCGGCGAGUCGGGCGCCGCCGAGCCCAUGGACGAGAUCAGUCAGGAGGAGGACGUGCCCGAGGACGAGGACGGGGACGAAGAGGACGAGGUGGGGGACGUUGAGGAGGAGGACGCCAGCCAGGGUGCGGCGGCCGGCCGCGCGGGGGCCGCCGCCGCCGCCGGUUCGGCCGGCCGGCCACACCUGCAGCCGUUCGGCGGGUCGGCGGCGACUGCCGGCGCCGGCUCCACCGCCACCGGACAGUUCGACGACGGCGACAGCAUCGUGCCGAGCACGCCGACGCUGAUGGUGCCCCGGCGCGGCGACGCCUUCGCCGAGUCCGUCCCGUCGCCGCAGCCGGUGGCGGGGGGCGCCGGCGCCGGGCCGUCCAGCGGUGACCAGCAGGCGCCGCUGGCCUCAGCGGCGGGUCUGGACGACACGCGGAUGGAUAUCACCCAGCUGAACAGCCGCGGAGGGGAGCAGGACCCCCUGCAGGCGGCCGGCGAGCAGCCGGCGGCGGUCCCCCAGCAGCCAGCGCCGACCCGCCGACGCUCGGCGCCCCGUCUCCAGCGGCCACAGCCGAUCGUCUGGGACCGGCAGAGCUCCCGGGAGCAGCCGGCGGCGCCAUCCCCGAGCCGCGGCGCCGGCCGCGCCCGUCGCAGCCGCGGGCCGCGCGGACGGGGCCCGGCGCGCGGCGCCCGCUGAGUGGGGAAAAAGGACCCAUAUUGGGAGGAUGGUGGAAAGGACUGAGACUGGAGAGCGAGGCUGUCAGAUAACCGGCGAUGUAAGGUGAUUAUUUCGCUGAUACGUGCUUUUCUGUAUGAAUAUACCACUGUUUUUCA